UAGCACUACUGUGUGGAGAACCAUGGCGGUGCAACAACUGACAUGGUUGCGGAUCUAAAUUACACGCAGCAAAAAAACAAAACAAAACCCGUCGCUCGUAAACAUUGAAAUAUCCGUGAAGAUGAGCGCGGGGAUUUGAUACCAUGUAUCAGAGUGACUUAGAAAGGCUCAUGGCAUUGUCCGGUUAACGAUAAAGGACCACGGAGUUAAAAAAUACUGCUUUAAAGUCAGUGGAAAAUGAUCAAAGCAGAGAGCAAAGGAGAACGCACACUGCGGAGCGCUUCCCCGCACAGAAAUGCAUAUAAGUCGGACUUCCACGCCAUUAAAUGCUCCUUUGAUGGCACCAAAUCCGAAAGCGUGGCCAAAUCUUAUGCUAAUGGCUCCAGUGACCCCCGGGAGGCCACCAGAGGGAGGCCGUUUGGCAACCGGAUCAACAAAAUCAAGAACAUUUUCCUGCAAAUGGAUGGCCAACAGCAGCAGGAGAACCAGGAGGUGAAACCAGCUCACAAAACGGAAGGAUCUCCGGUGUCCCCAGUGGCCAAGUUUCCAGUCAGUGCUAACAAAACCUGCCUCAGUAGUGUCAACAACCAAGAACCGCAAAAUACUGACAGAACUACAAAGGGAGAGGAAGUCGAGAUAGAUAAAGCUGCCCUGGCGGAGAAAUUCUCAGUGACCAGAAAGCUCUUUGAGAAAGGGAUAAAUGAGCAGCCCUCCGCAGAGAGGCCGCUACCUGGCAGAGUUUCUGUGCGUCUGUCCCAAGGGAAUGUGUCCGAGGAGGGGCGUGGGGGUCGGAGGUCCUUUGGAUCUUCUGAAAAUAACAGUAGCAGCGACAUCAAAAGCCCAUCGUCAUCCGAGAGGAGGGACAGUGAAGAUUCAAAGCAGGUCAAUAAACCAUCACUUAACGCUGGACCCAUUUCCAGGCGGUUGGAGAGUUUUAUUGCUGAUAGCGACAAUGAGGAAUCAGUUCGAACCUCAGCUAAAAGUCCUGAACGAUCACUACCGUCACCUCUACGAGGAAGUUUUCAAAAACCCACUUCACCAGCUACGGAUCCCAUGCACCAACCCACGUCCCCAAAUUCAGACACUUCUUCCAAACCAAUAUCACCUAAAACAGACAUAGCAGUUGGAGGUCCUCCAUUCAAGUCCACCAGCCCUGUUUCUCCGACCAGCAAAAGUACAACCGAGCCUCUCUCGCUCAAUGCCCAUAGCCCAAUUAAACGCUCUCUAACCCAACCAAGCAGUCCUCAACCGAGGGACCUCAAAACUUCAGUCCCAUGUAGUAGUUUUUAUGAAAAGUUAAGGAGUACAGAUGAACCAAAAAGUGAGAACCACAUCAUUUGUAGCCCAUCUAGGGACAAGCCUCCUGAGCAGGCCCCACUAUGCCUGGGCCGUGCUGGAGCAGGAGUGGUCCGAGCUGAGCUGGUAGUGGUCCAAAAUGAGUCUUCGGAGAGUGAGGAAAAUGACAUUGAGUUUUUGGAGGAUGUUACGAUGGAGGUGAAUCUACAAAGGGAACUUAAAUCUGAGGCACCAAGAGAAGGUGUGGCUGACUCUUUGAAGGUGUCAUCACCUCAAAAUCACAUGGAGAAAGAUACAGAGGUGUGUUUGACAGUAGAGCUGAAGAAAGAGGAACCAAAUGAAGAAGAGGAGAUUGUCCAGCAGAGAGAGAAUAACUGUUGUGAAGAUGAUGAGGAGAGUGAGCAGGAGGAUCCAGAUGAAUGUGGGAGAACAUCUCCAGUUUUUUAUAGUUUUGAGAAUGCUGCAUUUGUGGAUAAGGAAGUAGAACCGCUUCAGAGCCAAGAGCAGGAUGAAGAUGAGGAGGGAGAUGAUGAGGACUACGAGGAAUAUGAUGAAGCUCCUGGUCUCUCUGAAGAUGAUGAACUAUCUCCACGGAGGAAGAUCAGAUUCUCCACUGAACCCAUUCGGGUGUACAGCACAUUCUCAAAUGAAGAGUACGACCGGAGGAAUGAUGAGGUAGAUCCGGUCGCAGCAUCUGCAGAGUACGAGCUGGAGAAACGGGUGGAAAAGAUGGACGUGUUUCCUGUGGAGAUAGAGAAAGGUGAUAAAGGGUUGGGCAUCAGUAUUAUAGGGAUGGGUGUCGGGGCAGAUCAAGGUUUGGAGAAACUGGGCAUCUUCGUCAAGACCAUCACAGAGGAUGGAGCUGCUGAGAAAGAUGGCAGAAUCCAUGUGAAUGAUCAGGUCGUGGAGGUGGAUGGCAUCAGUCUGGUUGGAGUUACUCAACUCUUUGCUGCCACGGUCCUCAAGAACACAAAGGGAACUGUCAGGUUCCUGAUUGGUCGAGAGAAGCCAGGAACUCAGAGUGAGGUGGCGCGGUUGAUCAGUGAGACUCUAGAGCAGGAACGACAGCAGCAACAACAGGAGGACGACACGUACGAGCAGUCCACUGAAGAGGACGAGCAUUACGAGGAUGAAGAGGAAGGGGAGGGGGAGGGCUUCCUGGGUUCGAGUUUUGGCAGGAUUAAUGUGGAAGUGUUCGAUCUGCCUGAAAGCGAAGAAAUGUUCCUGCCGUCAAACAUGGACGUCACUCAGCUAAUGUUCAGAUUUAAAGAGCUCCAGCUAAAACACAGCAUUGCAGAAGCUGAAGUUGAUGACUUGAAAGAGAGGUUGAAGGAGUCGAAGGAGGAGUGUGUGGCUUGGAAGGCGAGGGAAGCUCAGUUAGAGCGAAGCGUUCAGGAUAACUCUGAAAGAAUCGCUCAGAUGGAGAAGAACUGGCUGGAAGCUCAGGCUCUCUGUAAAAACAUCAACGAGCAACUGAAUGACACACAGAGCCAAUAUGAAGCACUGGACAAAAAAUACAGCAAAGCAAAGAAACUGCUCAAAGACUAUCAGCAGAAAGAAGCAGAGUUCGAGCGAAGGGAGGAGGGACUCAGAAGAACUCUGGAUGAGAGAGAGGUCACGUAUAAAUCUCAGAUUGAAGAUCUGCAGCAAAGGUUGGCGAUGCUUGAAUCAGGCAGUGGUCAUAAUGAGUCUUCACUGUCAGGCAGUAAGUCUGCAGAUUCACUUCUCCUGGGUGCAGACUGGAGUGAGGUAGUACCUGAAACGGAACGUUUGGACACCAGUGCUCUUCGUGCCCGAGCCCAUCUGGCUCAGAGGUCCAAACGACAACCACCAACCCGCAGUAAACUCAAACAGACGCUCAGCUCACCAGCGGGACCUGCACAGGAUGAUGAUGUGUGUAAAUCGAUGAGUCCUGAGUCUCCUCCACCUUACAGGAGAUCAGUCCAGGAGAGUUUGUCGCUGGUUAUAUCCUCUCCAAAAGAAGAGGCAAUCUGUUCUGGGGUGAGCAGUGGCCAAUCAGUGCAGAGGGAUUCACAACGCCCCGCCCUCUCACCACCCAAAGACUCCUCCCCCUCCAUCGUAAAGAAGAGAGAGUCCAAAGGCAAGGGCAAGGAGGUCAAAGAUGAGUCCAAUGAUGCUGCUGGAAAAACCAAAAGGAGAUUCCCAGAUUUUGGUGGCUUGCGUAAAUCUGGAGGAAAAGGGAAAAAACAAAAAGAAGCUAUGAGGGCAUCACUGGACAGCAGGGGUUCAGCAGAGCUCCUGGAGGAGUCGGGUGGAGAUGUUCGAGUCUCGCCGUCAGAGUCCCUGGCCUCCAUCCCCACCUGCAUGCCUUUCUCCUGGUUUGGAGACAAGGACAGAGAGAGAGACAGAGACCCAUCUUCCUCAUCCAGCAGUCUCCCAUACACCACUGCAGACACCAGCGAGCACACACACAACUCCAAACACAAGACAAACCUGUCAUGGUCAUCUCUGUUCAGUCGAUCCUUAGAUUUGAGUUUAUCGGUGCUAGAUGUUUCGAACCCCAGCAGUCCUGGUUCAGAUUUUUCUGGGCUAGUGGUGGAGCCCAACCUGUCAGGCCGUUCUCAUACGUUAACCUUCUCCUCCAGCGAGAUGCUGGAUGAUGAGUCAUGCUCUGGAGGGAAGGACUAUCAGUGGCAGAAUCGUCCAGUCUCUGAUUGGACGUCGCAGCAGGUGUGUCAUUGGCUGAUGGGUAUGAACAUGGAUCAGUACACACCUGAGUUUAGCACACAGGCCGUCGAUGGACAACAACUUCUCAACCUGGACAGUGACAGACUUAAGGCUCUUGGUGUGUCUAGUCAGAAUGACCGAGCCACCAUCAAGAAGAAGCUGAAGGAGAUGAAGAAAGCACAGGAGAAGAUGGAGAAACAGCGGGAAAAGCGAGAGAAAGAGGCCAGACGCAGUGGAAGACUGCCUGCUAACACUGACUCAAUGUGCUGAUUAUAUUCAGUGCAUGUCACGUUUUCUUUUUUCUCCAUUUUCUUUUUUUCACCUAAAUGGAUAUUUCACUACUUGUUUCGUAGUCUUUCAGGCUGUUACCACUUCCUCCAACAUACUACUUAGGUUACUACCAUCAAGAAUCAAUUGAAUGAAUAUUGAACUCUCUUACAGAGUACAGUCAGACAUGAGUGAGCUAUGUUUGAGUACAUGAGUCUGACCACUAUUUGAACAUGUUAUGUACCUGAAAUAUUUUUUCGUACAAUCACUCUGACUUAAGCCUGUGCAGCACAAAUAUGACAAAUUGUCCAUCUGGAGGCAGUUAGUUUGCUUAGAAAAAGAGUUUACGGACUGCAAAAAAUAUUUUUUUUUAAUUGUUUUUGGUUUGGAAGACUUUACAGUCCAAUCCAUAACAGACCAUACCUUUUAUUUGUUUUUAUGGUAUUUUAUGUUACCACUGUACGGGCUAUAAAACAAACUUGCUAUUUUUAAGGGAAUAUAUAUAUAUAUAUAUAUUUAGAUGCCUAUAACUUGGCACUAAUAUUGUGGCAUGAAUAGUGCUUUUAAAAUAUUUGAUAUUGAAUUUUUAGGAGUACUUUUUUGCCUGUGGUAGUGCAGGGGUAAUUUUGCUGGAAUUUUGUACAGUGAUACGAGCACUAUAUUUUUACGGAAACAAAAGGGGGACACGGAUUAUAAAUGUACAAAUGAAAUAUUUUAUACACAAUUAUUAGCAUAGUUUUGAGAAAAAUACAUCUAACUUUUGUACACAUUUUCUACUAAGUAGAAUAGCUCAUUGGUUAAAACCACUUUUGCUAAUUCUAAAAUACAGAGAGUGAAACUCAAAGGUGUUUAUAGAUCUGAUCUUGGCAAAUAUAUUCUGAGGAUUUUUAUUAUUUGGGCAAUUGUUGCUUUUAUGCAUCACAAAUACUGUGCCAAAAGACAUAGUUACAAAAUAUAGCUGUGACAAUGGCCAGAAUUUAUUUCACUAAUUGAAGGUGUAUUGAUUUUAAGUAGUGGAUUACCAUCAGAUGUUAAUAUUGGUUUCUAAAAGAGAUGCCACCUCUGCUCAUGUCAUCAUGUUUCUGUAUCCUGUGGUUAUGAUACAUUUUUGUAAUAUGUAAAAUAGAUGAUUUUGAACAAAGACUCUUUAAUGUUCAAUUCAAGCUUUCUAUCUUUUACAAAGUGUAUACGCUGCAAAAUAAAUGCUUUCACCUUCUUGUAACAAA